CUACCAGCCGGUACGGUACACUUAGUAGUCGACCUGUGGUCCGAGAAUGACCCCAAAAGAAGUGAAUAUAUAUGAAGGAAGUAUCGUAAGAACCUUUGUCUUGGUGAGCACACAAAGGGAAAGGAGUGAAAAGAACCACCCGAUGCAUAYUCGAACUUCUGUGUACGGAAUAGCACCCACGAAAGCAAUUCACCUCAUCCGCCCCGACAUGAUUGCGCGAGAAUGAGGGUCAAACGACAAGGCAACCCAAUAGACUGGAAGAAAAGYGCAUUCCAUUGUGCCUUUCUCCUUUUAUGUUUUGCUACGGUGCUCAACUUGCGCGGCUUUGCAAGCUUGGAUUUUACGUAUCAGCUGAUGGAAUAUGCAAGCACCGAGGUGCUUUCGCCAUCGAUUAGGAGCAGCAACAGCAACACUGCCUACAARCAAUCGUUUGGAUUGCUGAAUGAUAUUCCAAACGAGGAGUGGGAAAAAAUCCGUCGAAAGGUCCAUACGCAGAGCAUUUAUCAGAACCCGGAGAAUCCUCUGCUUCGAGUCCAUGAGACCGAAUACUGGUUGCAGAACAACCUAAAUCCAAAUUUUGAWUGCAAUAAAAAGGMACAAAUAGGGGGACAAAAUUUGGAAGAUGGAGUGAAAUUUGUUUGCAAUCCAGAUAGGUUGACGACUCACAAGACCGACGAAGGAGACGAAGAAAAGGGUUGCCUGGUGUAUUCCAUUGGCUGUGCCGGAAACUACGUAUUCGAAGACGGAUUAUCCGAGCGUCUCAAAAAUAAGUGCGAGAUACACGUCUUUGACCCGGCUCCAAAAUGGGCCCGGAGAGGUGAUCCCGAAACCAAAAACAUYCACUACCACGCAUGGGGAUUUGUGAGAUCGCUCGACCGCCAAGCGAAAUCCAGGGUCUGGCCCGCCGGGGURGGAGGCGAGUUUAAAACCUUUCAAGAAACCAUAGAGGCCCUGGGUCACAAAAAUAGGACCAUCGACCUGUUCAAGAUCGAUUGCGAGGGCUGCGAAUACUCCACGUACAAAGACUGGAUCGGCCACGAYAUUCGUCAGAUCUUGGUAGAAAUUCACGGAGUUCCGACCCCGGAUGGACCACCGGGAUWUUGGUAUUCAGAAAACAUGGACGUAUCUGAAUACUACGGAGAGUAUCAGAAGAAUGGGUUUGCCUUGUACCAUAGCCAUCCGUAUCAAAAGGGGGUGGAAUUGGGUUAUAUCCGACUCGAUCAAGAUUUCUGGCGCCCGCUCGAUGCUUAAYUCCCAUCUGCGCUUGCGCAAACUGGACGAGAUGCAAACCCUUAUACCAACACCACAACCCGCAAUGCCGGAGGCACCGAAAAUUGUUUUGAAUGCGCUUCUUUUUGCCUCGUACGGUACACAACGCUAAAUUCUAGCCCCCUUCAUGUUUUCAUCAGAAAAGACAUGGAGGUAAAAAUAAUGAAAUGAAUGAAUGAAUUGGAUCGUGACCGCUACUAGUAGUUAUACUCAAUCGCAUAGACGUGCGAUUCUCCAAUAGAUUUCAUCAGACUCU